AGCGCUUCAGACACACCUGCCGGGGCGGCGAGACGGGCGGCGGCGGAGCGGGCGCGGAGCGGGGCGCAACCUGCCCGGCGGCGGGGAUGGCGGCCCUGGAGAAUGCCUCUCUCCAAAACUGCAGCCUCUUGGAGCAGGAAGAGGAAGAAGACACCAUCUGGGAGAAGGUUGAGAGUGUGCGGCACCAGCUGACCCGCUCCCUGAACCCUGCGAAGCUCACCCCGUACCUGCGCCAGUGCCGCGUGAUAGAUGAGCAGGAUGAGGAGGAGGUGCUGAAUUCAUGCCGAUUCCCUUGCAAAAGCAACCAGACAGGCUACCUGAUGGACAUCCUUCGGCGCCGUGGGAAACGAGGCUACGAAGCCUUCCUGGAGUCCUUAGAGUUUUAUUACCCAGAGCAUUACACCCGGCUAACGGGGAGGGAGCCGGCCCAGCGCUGCUCUAUGAUCCUGGAUGAGGAAGGCCCUGAGGGACUCACUCAGUUCCUUAUGAUGGAGGUGAAAAAGGUGAGGGCUCAGAGGAAGGAGCACCUACUGAAGGAGCACCAGCUCCAGGUGAAAAACCAGGCAUUGGAGCAAGAGCAGGCCAGGAUGGAGCAGCAGCUGCAGGAGCUCCAGAAGGUGCAGGAGCGUUGCCAGCGUCUGAGAGAGGAGUGGGACUCCAACAGCUUGGAGCUGCUGAGGCUGAAGGAUGAGAACUACAUGAUGGCCAUGCGCUAUGCGCAGCUCUGCGAGGAGAAGAACAUGGCUGUGCUGCGGAGCCGAGACCUGCAGCUGGUGGUGGACCAGCUGAAAUGCAAAGUGACCAGCCUGGAGGAGGAGUGCAGCCUGCUGCGGAAACAGGUGUCUACGCCGCCCCAGCGAGAGGUGGAGGAGCGGGGCCACCCCGAUGCUGUGUCUGAGCUGUGGGCUGAGAACCAGCGGCUCACAGCUUCACUGCAGGAGCUGCAGGGCAGGUUGCAGAAGCCUGGCGAGGGCCCAGUGCCAGGCUCUGAGCAGAUCCUGCUGGACAUCUUGGAGCACGACUGGAAGGAAGCCCAAGAUGACCGGCAAGAUCUCUGCCAGAAACUCAACUCCUUGCAGAACGAGCUGCAGUGGGCUGAAGAGCUGAGGGAUAAGUACCUGCAGGAGGUGGAAGAUCUGCAGCUGAAAUACCGGACACUGCAGAAGGACUGUGAUCUCUACAAGCAUCGGAUGAACACAGUGCUGCUGCAGCUAGAGGAGAUUGAGAAAGAGCGGGACCAGGCAAUCCAGCACCGUGAUGGGGUGCAGCUACAAUACUCCCAGAGCUUGAUUGAGAAGGACCAGUACCGCAAACGUGUGCGGGCCUUGGAGGAGGAGAGGGACGAGCUCCUAAGCAAGCUGAGCCAGGCAGAAGGGCUGAACAGCACCCUGGAGGCACAGCUGCAGCGCUGCCAAGGCAGCCGCAGCCUAGGCAAGAUGUGCAGCUCUUCCUACUCCCUCUGCUCCAACCUCAGCAGCACCUGGAGCCUUGUAGACAACCCUUCCAGCUUUACGAAUGGAGUUGUGGAUGCACUGGGGGUUUCUGCUAUCCCGUUCCCAGGGGAUUCAGCCAUUCAGAGCAUGGACGUGACUCCCGACAGUGAGAAGGAUAUUAAUCGCCUUUCCACCUUCCCUUUCCCACCUUGCGUCGGCUCCAUCCUCCGACGGCAGCGGGAAGAUAGGUGCAUGCCCUACAAAAGCUUGUCCUGCGGCUCCUUUAGGAACAUUGAAGAUGCAACAGGCAGUGGGUUUGCUAGUACCUCGCUUGGGGCCUUCUCCUCAUCUUCCAGCAGCACCUACAACAGGGUGAAGUCGGACAUCUGCCUGUCCACGCUUCCCAGCCGUGAGGAGGUCACCAGGAGGUCAUUGGUGGUACAGCUCCCUAGCAUGGGUCACCCCAGCAACCCCUCAGCCCAGGAGAAGAGGCUCAGAGCAGACAUCUCCAUCCUUGGAGGAAACAGGACAGGGAUUUACGUCCAGUGGGUCAAGCCAGGCUCACGGGUUGAGGAUGCAGGACUCAGGGAAGGGUGCCGGCUCAUCGAGCUGAGGGUGCCAUCGCUGAGGGAAGAGGUGCUUUCUCUGGAGAACUGCACACGGGAGGUCGCCUACCUGAGCCUGCUGCAUUGGGACGAGCCUUCCAGACUUGUCUUUCAGCUGGACCUGGAAGGAUACCAGCCUCUGCGGGAAGCCCUAGAAGAAGGGAAGAAGUUUUCUGGAGACUCAUUCUAUGUACGCACCAACCUGUCCCUCCUGGAGCCAUCAGACCCUUAUGCACUGUUCGUCAAGUGUCGGGAGAUCCUCCAUGUCACGGACACCAUGCACAAAGGCGGGCUGGAGUGGUACUGUUCCCGUGUCGAUCCCUUGACCAUGCGGGACCUGGACAAGGGAACAGUGCCCAACUACAGCAGGGCUCACCAGCUUUUGAAGAUCCAGGAGAAGGGCCUGAUGCCUGGGCAGCAGAGGAGCCACAGAAAUAAUCUAAAGAAACGGGCCUUGGACCAACUGCGCCUGGUGAAAUCCAAACCGCACAGAAGCUCAAAACAGCCCCCUCAGCAGCUGUGGCUGGACCCCUGCUCAGACCCAGACAUGAGGCUGAAGCCUUACAGCCUGGUGCGCCCUGUGGUGGUGAAGAUGCCCCGUCCUGUGGUGCUGUCACCUAACUGCAUUGCACCACGGCUCAUCAGGAACCUGGUGGACUUGCCCACUUCUCGGCUGGACUUCCACGUGUGCCCAGCAGAGAAGCUGGCAGACGGGAAUCGGAGUGCUACCCACGCUCAGGAGCAGCCUGUGUCUAGAAGCGCCCCCCAGGACUGGAGGGAGAGCGGGCGAAUCCGCAUGAUCCAGGAGGCAAUGGAAAAGAAUAAACACUGCCUACUAGAACUGGGAGUUCAGUGUGUGAGGGAUCUAAUUAAAAGUGAAAUAUACCCCAUCGUUAUCCAUGUCGAGGUCACCGAGAAGAAUGUUAGAGGACUCAGGAGCUUGCUGGGGAAGGUGGGCCAGCGGGACUCGGAGGUGCUGAAGUUCUGCCGUGGUGUGGAGCAGGCUCUCCACACUCUGCCGUGCUCCUGGGCCCGUGUGGAGUCCCACGCCUGGAGCCACAUCGAGGAGCUGCCCAAGGUGGUUCGGGGAUGCAUCUUCCAGGAGCAAACACGCCCACUGUGGAUUGAGGAGGGCGAUGACUGAGCUGGGGAUAGCAGAGUGGGCACUGCCAGCUACCAUCUCAAGGAAUGUUCUCAGAGGUCCCUGCCUCCCCAGGGUUCCUCCAGGUAGCAUGUCCUUCCUCCCUGAGGGGAUUCUGGCGGCAAAGGCCCCCAGGGGUAGCCUUUCUGGUCCCCUCGAAGCCACCAAGAUCUGGGGAGUAACAUGUGCUGCCUCCCCAGUCUGAGCUUCCUGUAUUUUAUUGGAGAGACAUCUUCCAGUGUCAUGGUAGAAACCACCCUUGUGGGCUGUUCCACGUCACCUUGGGCUGCUCUUGUCUCUGGUACAUGGUCAGAUUGCCAGAUGGGGAAUGUAGGGGAACUGUGUGGCAUCAGACUGUGUAGGAGCAUAUCUCACACACAUCUGAAACCCUUCACCCAUCACCUCUGUCUCCCCUGUGGCACUGUGUGCUUGGGGUCCCCUCUUCUCCUGUCUACCUCAUCUCUGGCCCCACGGCACAGAGAGCACAGCUCGUGUGCCAACACCCCUCCAUGGCUGGAGUGACACUAAGCUUGCAACAAACCCUCGUUUUAUAGGAGCUGUACUCUUUAUUGCUUGUAAAUUAUUAAUGAAGCCUUUUAUUGGCAAACCGCAUAUAAAGGAGAAUUAAAUGCCAUUCAUAAUGGAA